UAUAAUGUAAUAAUUAAUAUAAAUUUAGAGUAUCUACACUAAGAAAUUUUUCAUUUCAAAAGCAAAAAAAGAAAAGUUACAAUAGUAACCAACCAAACCAUGAAAUCUCUUACCUUAAUGAUCACAUUCUCCAUCAUUAUUGUCUUCUCACAUGCAUCACCAACAAUUAUCACUCGACUCCAACCACAUAUGAAUCAAUCUUCUGCGUUUAACCUUACUCAACAACAAAUUAAUAUGACUAAACUGGUGAAACCCUGCACUUACAUGAUCUCAGUAAAGACAAGUUGCAAUUCUCCAGCAAACUCAGCAGAUAUAAUCACUAUUUUAUUUGGAGAUGCUGUUGGAAAUGAGUUAAGGAUGUGAUUGGUUUAAGAGAAAUAAGGAAGAGAUGAUGAGGUGAAAGAGAAGUAGAAAAAAGGGAGAGAAUUUCUCUGGAUUGAUUAAGAAUAGAGAUAGAGAAAAAUAAGAAAAAGAAGAAGAGUGAGAACAACUAUUUUUUAAAUUCUUCAAAAGACAGAAGAAAGAUCUAAAAAGUGUUUUUAUAGUUAUUAAUUUUAUAUUUAUGUCCCUAUUGUAUAUUAAUUCAAUAUUUUUAUACAUUUAAAAUGAAUAACAUUUUUUAUUCCUAUCUCUUUCUCUUUAUUUUCACGUAUACCUUACAUUAACUCAAAUCUUCUUUUUCUCUCUUAUACUUUUCUUUUCUAUUUUUCUCUUUUUUUUUUUUUACUAUCUCUUCACCAUCAAUCACACCUAAAAGUAUCUAAUUAUGAAAUUUACCUAUUUAAAAAAAUGUUUAUAAAUAUCUUUUUAACUAGAUAAAAAAUUAAUUUUUUUUUUACAAAUAUUAUUAUUUUUUUUCAAAAACAUAAAGAUGUUGAUAGUGGAUCGAUUCGGACCAUAAAUGGGCAGCAUGAUAUAUUCUAAAAAUAAAUUAUAAUUAGUAUGAAAAUAGUGUUUUAUUUUACCUUUUUUCUUUUGAAUGGAAUCAUGGAAU